AUGCUACAGUGCCCAGCAGGUGAGGACUGCUGCAGCGGCGCUUGCACCAACCUCCAGAACACUCCCGGUAACUGCGGUACUUGUGGAAACACCUGUGCUGCUGAAUUCACUUGCUCAUCGGGCGCCUGCAUAUGCACGACCUUCGAGGGUUUUCAAACGCAGGCAACAUUCCCCGUGGGGGCCAUUCCACGCGGGGUUAUAGUGGGCGACUUCAACGAAGAUGGCAAUCUCGAUAUCGUGGUUGCGAAUCAAGUCGACAACACAGUGAGUGUCUUGCUCGGGACUGGAUCCGGGACAUUCCAGCCGCAGGCCACAUUCCUUGUGGGGUUCAGUCCGCGCAGUGUUGCAGUGGGCGACUUCAACCAAGAUGGCAAUCUCGAUAUCGUGACUGCGAAUGUCAACAGCAAUUCACAAUUCAGUGAGUGUCUUGCUCGGGACUGGAUCGGGGACUUUCCAGCCGCAGGUCACAUUCCCGUGGGAACCAGUCCGGUCAGUGUCGCAGUGGGCGACUUCAACGAAGAUGGAAAUCCCGAUAUCGUGACUGCCAAUGCCAACAGCAAUUCAGUGAGCGUCUUGCUUGGAAAUGGAUUGGGGAGCUUUCAGGCGCAGGCCACAUUCCCCGUGGGGUCCCAACCGGACAGUGUCGCAGUGGGCGACUUCAACAGAGAUGGCUAUCUUGAUAUCGUGGCUUCGAAUGCCAACAGCAAUACAGUGAGCGUCUUGCUUGGAAAUGGAUUGGGGAACUUUCAGCCGCAGGAAACAUUCCCCGUGGGGGCCAUCCCUCGUGGUGUUGCAGUGGGCGACUUCAACGAAGAUAGCUAUCUCGAUAUCGUGGUUGCGAAUGUGCUUGACAAUACAGUGGGCGUCUUGCUUGGGAAGCCUUGCGAUGCUUAA